AUGGCUGCUGAUCGCUCUGUCUUCUUGCGGUCCAAAGUUAAGAUUGUCUUGACAGGAAGCGAAACCAAGGAAGAAGCAGAAGCUGCGCUUAGAGCGCCCAUCAAUAUCCCUCGUUACCCUCAUUUCAACGAUGUUCAUGAGCAGAGAGUCCAUAUGAAGCAGAAGCUCGCUGCUGGCUUCCGCCUAUUUGCCAAGUUCGGAUGGGAUGAAGGUGUUGCUGGACAUAUGACCUUCAGAGACCCAGAGUACCCUGAACUGUAUUGGGUCAACUAUUUCGGCCAGAGCUUCUCACAAGUUCGCGCUUCUGAUCUGGUACUUUGUGACCAUAGUGGCGCCAUCGUUCGAGGCAACCAAACCGUCAACAAAGCUGCUUUUGUUAUUCAUUCUGCUAUUCAUGAAGGUCGUCCAGAUGCCACGUGUGCCGUCCAUGCCCAUUCCAUGUACGGAAAGACCUUCUCAGCCCUUGGCAGAAAAUUGUUACCCAUCACUCAGGAUUCAUGCGCUUUCUACGAAGAUCACUCGUUGUACGAUGACUUUGGCGGUGUAGUAUAUACCCCUGAAGAAGGCGAACGCUUAAAGUCUGCGCUCGGUCAAAGCAAGGCCAUGAUCUUGAAGAACCAUGGCUUGCUCACGGUUGGAAGCUCUGUGGAUGAAGCCAUUUGGUGGUUCAUCUCUAUGGAGCGAUGCUGUAUGUCACAGCUUAUUGCUGAGGCUGCUUGCACAAACGGUUUUGAAGGACUCAAGCUCAUUGAUCAUGAUGUUGCACUUGGAACACGGAGCAAUGUUGGCGAUAAGCAGGCUGGUUUCUUCCAAUUCCAGCCUAUGUUUGCUCAGAUUGUCAAGGAACAACCCGAUCUUCUCGAUUAA